AUGUUUGAUAUGUCGCCAUGUUAUUUAUACAGAUACCAGACAAGUAAUGGGAUCACAGUUGAAGAGGAAGGCUCGUUGAAGAAUCCAGGAACUGAAGGAGAAGCGCAGACUGCCCGAGGAAGCUACUCUUACACAGCUCCUGAUGGCCAGGUCAUCACCGUCAACUGGUACGCGGACGAGACCGGCUUCCACGCCGAAAGACCAAACAUCCAAGCUCCCGGGUCGAGACCUCUUACACUCUCAACACUUUGGUUUCUUUUAAUAUUGGAAAUUGCUCUUAUCCAGUGUCAGCAGCCUCCAAACAACGGUGUCAUCAUAUCUUCCAAGAGUGAAAAUAAUCAAGAUGGUUCUUACAAGUACAGUUAUGAAACAAGCAACGGGAUCUCCGUUGAAGAAGAAGGUUUCCUGAAGAACGCCGGGACGGAAGGAGAAGCUCAGACUGCCCGAGGAAGCUACUCUUACACAGGUCCUGAUGGCCAGGUCAUCACCGUCAACUGGUACGCGGACGAGACUGGUUUCCAUGCAGAAGGAUCGCAUAUACCAGGAGCUGGAUCAAAACCUAUUAUUGCCGGCCCACAACCAACUGCUAUUCCAAAACCUACUGAUACCCCGUCACCGGAGACAUCAGAACCUCCAAUAUUCUUUCCUGUCCGUGCUUUACCUGAAUUUUUCAGAGGAUAAAAUAAAACCUUAACAUUGUAGAAGUACAAGAAUUCAUAGCGAUUUCUUUCCGACUGUAAAAAACAUAACGUGUGUGCGAGUUAAAAAAAAUAAUUUCAUAGAUAAUUAAACUGAAUUCAUAAGAAAAAAAAAGUAAACAUAUGUAUGUAC